AUGUCUGAAAAUCAAGGAAUUGCUGCGUCUGUCCAGGCUAGGGCACAAGAGGUCGCCAGGGAGGAUUUCCAGCAAGCCAAGGAUUUGGUCAACGAUGCCACCAAGAGUGGCGCGUACCUUUACCCCAUCAAGGGUAUCUUUUACUUCCUAACCCACCGCUCGCUCUGGAAGCCCUUGCUGUCCCGCAUUGGACCAACCAUAGCCCUCUCCGUGGGUGUCACGGUGCCCAUGUUCAUCUUCACCUACGUGCCUCAGCUCACGGUGCUGGUGUUUGUGAACGGGCCAGUUGCCGUCUUCACCACAGUUCUGCUGAUCCUAAGCGAGUCAUCUACCAUUAUUUCGGUCAUCUCGCGCAACUUUCUCCUGCAGGAAGCAUUGCUCGACACCUUUGAUGGUACCCUGGUGGCAAGGGGCGCCACCAGUAUCGUGCAGGAGGGCCGGGAGCUGCAACCAGGUUCCGACCCCAUUGCCAAGCUCGGAAAAAUUGUCAAGUCUCCCUUUGAGCGCUUCAGCCCGAAGGCCCUGGUCCGGUACUUUAUGUAUCUGCCUCUCAACUUCAUCCCUGUGGUGGGCACCAUCAUAUUCAUUCUCAUUCAGGGCCGUAACAGGGGACAAAGUAUCCAUGAUCGCUACUUCCAACUGAAGUCCUGGUCGGCCUCACGCAGGCGUGCUUGGCUGCACGCUCACACCGGAGCCUACUCGGCUUUUGGUGUGGUAGCCACCCUCUUGGAGAUCGUGCCGGUCGCUUCAAUGUUCUUCUCAUUCACAAACGCAGUUGGCGCUGCGUUGUGGGCUGCGGACCUGGAGGCCAAGGGGACCCAGGCAACGGAACCAUCGGACCAGCCUGCCUCGAGCAAUAACAAAGAUGACUGA